UCGCUUGUUGUAAUGUAAUCUAAAAGAAUACAAGCAUAUUUUUUCAUUUUAUUUCUUCGGUUAUUCAAUGAUUUAUAUAAAGUUUCUAUAGUGGAUUAUACUGAGCGGAUAAUCAAUAUUAAGUUAGUGUAAAUUUAAUUAGUGUCUUCUUUUAUUUUGGCGCCUUUGCAGUACAAUAUUAGAGUGGAGUCGUUACAAAAUAUUGCAAAAUGACUUCAGCUUUAUAUUUGGAACAUUACCUGGAUAGUUUGCAGCAUUUACCUAUAGAAUUACAAAGAAAUUUUAAAUUAAUGAGGGAUCUCGACGACAGAGCCCACGGCCUAAUGAGGACAAUUGAUCUUAUGGCCGAUGAAUUGCUUCCUAAUAUACCAAAAAUGGACGAAGAAACUAAAAAAGAAAAGGUGAAUACUAUCCAGGGUUUAUUUAACAAAGCUAAAGAAUACGGAGACGAUAAGGUGCAGCUCGCCAUUCAGACCUAUGAAUUAGUUGAUAAACACAUACGUCGCCUUGAUUCUGACCUCGCACGUUUCGAAUCCGAAAUACAAGAGAAAGUAAUGAGCUCUCGCGCAGCUCAACAGGCUGCCACAGAUCAGGAGUCCAAUCCUGCUACUGUUAAGAAAGGAAGGAAAAAACAUAAGGGAAGUGAGAAAGCCGCAGCGACAACAGGUAAGAAAAAGCGCACGGGCGCAUCGAGCGAGGAGGACGCAGUCGCCAGUGGACGGUCGGCGGCUAAGAAAAAAGCUCAACGGAAAGGUACUACAACUACAACCACAGCUGUUAAAGAACAGGAAGAAAACGCGGAUCUGGAUUCAGUUGCGGGAAUGGCGCAUCCUAGCGAUGUGCUAGACAUGCCUGUUGAUCCAAAUGAACCUACAUACUGCCUUUGUCACCAAGUGUCCUAUGGUGAAAUGAUAGGAUGUGAUAAUCCUGACUGCCCUAUUGAGUGGUUUCACUUUGCAUGUGUUGAUCUUAAAAUUAAGCCAAAAGGCAAGUGGUACUGUCCAAAGUGUACUCAAGAUAGAAAAAAGAAAUGAUCCACAGUUAAACCACCUGUUAAACCAGCAGAAAAGACUGUCACCGUUAAAAAAGAAACAAAGUGAUUAAAUUAGGUUAUAGGCAUAGUAUCUAAUAUAACAUAUUGUUUUCUAUUAAAAUAUAUAUGGAUUAAUAUAGAAUUAAUUUAUUUUUAGUGUAAAUUGAUGAUAUUAAUGUAAGAAUAAUAAUAAUAUUGGAAAAGUCAUUUUAAUGCUGAAAUAGCUUAUAAUAAAUUAAAUCCAAGAUAUGUUAUAGUGAAAAUGAAUAUUUUAUUCCGUCUAAUAUUGAUUUCUUUUGAUCUAAGUAAUAUUAUCAACUAAUGAAGGCAAAAAUAAUUCAAUUGUUAUAUUAUUGUUUCAAUUUAUAAUAACUAUAUAACAUACAUAUAUGAACACUGAAUUUUAGUGCUUCCAUAGCAAUUUCAUUAGAAUCUAACUUACAUGUAAUAUUAAUUAAUAACAAUUUUAGUCAGAACAUAUGGUUGAAUGAUGAAAGUACUUAUAAGUUACACAAAGACUGAAGUUCGUAAAUUCUAAAUCAAUAGUUGUUGAUUUAAUAUGAUAAAUAUAAUCUUUUUUUUUUUUGAUUUACAGUAUUUUGCCACAAAUGAGCCAUUCAUGUAUUGACUAUUCAAAAUUUUAAAAAAAGCAAUUGAUUCAUCGAAGACAUCAAAUUAGAAAAUAAAAAUUUUAUGAUUUUAUAUUGUGGAAAAUAAAAGUGAGAGCUUUUUAAUAAUGUUAUAUAAUGUCAUUUAAGUUAUGUAUCUCUCAUUGUUACAUAUUAGUAGAAGUGACAAGAAACUAUGUUAAACAAUACUAUAUCCAUUUUACCUUAUCAUAUAAUUUAUUUGAGGCUAAAACUUACUGCCAAUUUAAUAUAAUGUGGCUAAUUUAGGUAAAACAUGUAUAUAUCAAAAAAUAAGCAAUAGUAGACAAAUUUGAUCUUAUAAAAUGAAUUUGAGGAAGUUGCUGUAUUGCAAAAUGAUAUAACAAUAGUUUUUGCUUUUGUUUAAUAACAAUCAAGUUGAUCUGUGUGUUACAUUGGAAUACUCUGUUAUUGUUAUUUAAUAACUGUUACAAAUGGUAAUAAUAAUAGUUUUUUUUAUCAAGUAAAAUCUUUUUAAUUGUGUGAUAUCUUUGUGAAUAGUUUGAUCAAUAACUGUUUUGAUAAUUUCACAUUUUAUGUGUGUCAUAAAAUAUUUAUUUUUAUUAUUUAGUUGUGACAUAUCAACUGCAUCUAUCUAUGUUUAAUUUGAAAAUGAUCGAAUGAAUUUUAAAUUUAAGUUAUUUUAAGUGCGUCACACAAAAAUACUUUUCCAGAUAAUAAUUGACUUGUUAAUGAAUCAUUUCCACCACUUUUAUAUGACAAUAACAUGAGAAAAGCCCAGCGUCAGUUAGUAUUAAUAGAUUACACAGAUGUGGGAACUAAUGGAAAUGUGCAUUUAAUAGAAAAAUUAAAAAUGUCAAAUAGCAAUAAAUUUAAAUAUAAUGUUUUUUAUUAAAUUUAAAUUAAAUUUAUAUAUUAGGGUGCGUUUUUACUGAAUUAGUUGGCAAUUUUUGUGUUUGUAACUGGUUGCAAUUGUUGAAGAAGUCACCGAAAAUUUGCUGAUAACUAAAGGUUAUAAUGAAAACUACCAAAAUGUAUUGACAAAAGUUGCCAAUAAUUCUUUUGUUAGAAACGCAGCUUUAGUGAUACAUAAUAUUUUAAGAUAACAAAGUUGGGCUAGUUCAGAGUUAGUAAAGUUAUAUCACUAUUAAAGUGUCAAAUUAAUAAAGUGCGAUAAUUCUAAAUAUUAAAAAGUAUCAUGUUUACAUUUUUAUAUGAACUGUAUCAUGCUAAGUUGCUACAACCGCAGAUUAAGUAGCUUGUGAUAGAUAUUUUGCACUUUACUCACAAUAGGGAUAUAUCUAUUAGGUACCAAUUAUUGUUAUAACAUUAAAAGUUAUACAAUACUG